AUGCCUGUUCGCAGGGGGCAUGUGGCACCACAAAAUACAUUUUUGGGUACAAUCAUACGAAAAUUUGAAGGGCAAAAUAAAAAAUUCAUCAUUGCUAAUGCUAGAGUGCAGAACUGUGCUAUCAUCUACUGCAAUGAUGGGUUUUGUGAGAUGACUGGAUUCUCCAGACCAGAUGUCAUGCAGAAACCUUGCACCUGUGAUUUCCUUCAUGGGCCAGAGACCAAAAGGCAUCACAUUGCCCAAAUUGCCCAGGCACUGCUUGGGUCAGAGGAGAGGAAAGUGGAAGUCACUUAUUAUCACAAAGAUGGGUCCACCUUCAUUUGCAACACCCACAUAAUCCCAGUGAAAAAUCAAGAAGGAGUAGCUAUGAUGUUUAUUAUUAACUUUGAGUAUGUAACAGAUGAUGAGAAUGCGGAGUCUCUCGAGAAGUUCAACCCAAUAUUGCCAGCCAGACUUGUAAACCGCAAACUUUUUGGAUUCAAGUUACCUGGACUGAGACUCUUAACAUACAGAAAGCAGUCCUUACCACAGGAAGACCCUGAUGCAGUUGUAGUAGAUUCAUCUAAGCACAGUGAUGACUCAGUGGCUAUGAAGCGCUUUAAAUCCCCCACAAAAGAAAGCUGUAGCCCUUCUGAAGUGGAUGACACAAAAGCACUGAUACAGCCCAGCAAAUGUUCUCCUUUGGUUAAUAUAUCAGGACCUCUUGACCAUUCUUCACCUAAACGGCAAUGGGACCAACUUUACCCAGACACGCUGCAGACAAGUAAACCACUAACUCAUUCCAGAUCAAAGGAAAGCAUUUGUAGUAUAAGGAGAGCAUCUUCAGUACAUGAUAUAGAAGGAUUUAACGUCCAUCCUAAAAACGUUUUUAGGGAUCGUCAUGCAAGUGAAGACAAUGGUCGCAAUGUCAAAGGGCCUUUCAAUCAUAUCAAGUCAAGUCUAUUGGGAUCCACAUCGGAUUCGAACCUCAACAAAUAUAGCACCAUCAACAAAAUUCCACAGCUCACUCUGAACUUUUCAGAUAUCAAAAAUGACAAAAAGUCUUCAUCGCCUCCUUCUUCGGAGAAAACAAUUAUUGCACCCAAGGUGAAAGAUCGAACGCACAAUGUAACAGAGAAGGUUACCCAGGUUCUAUCCUUAGGAGCAGAUGUUCUGCCAGAAUAUAAACUCCAGACACCUCGCAUCAACAAGUUUACUAUAUUGCACUACAGUCCUUUCAAAGCAGUCUGGGACUGGCUCAUCUUGUUGCUGGUGAUAUAUACUGCCAUAUUCACCCCUUACUCUGCGGCCUUCCUUCUGAACGAUAGCGAAGAACAGAAGAGACGAGUGUGUGGAUAUUCUUGCAGCCCACUGAAUGUGGUAGACUUAAUUGUGGAUAUUAUGUUUAUCAUUGACAUUCUAAUAAACUUCAGAACAACAUAUGUAAACCAGAAUGAAGAAGUGGUAAGUGACCCAGCAAAAAUAGCAAUUCACUACUUCAAAGGCUGGUUCCUAAUUGACAUGGUUGCUGCAAUACCUUUUGACCUGCUGAUUUUUGGAUCUGGCUCUGAUGAGACAACAACGUUAAUCGGUCUUUUGAAGACAGCUAGGCUGCUGCGUUUGGUGAGGGUUGCACGGAAAUUGGACAGAUAUUCAGAAUAUGGUGCUGCAGUUCUGAUGCUCCUUAUGUGCAUAUUUGCACUAAUUGCACACUGGCUUGCUUGCAUUUGGUAUGCCAUUGGGAAUGUAGAAAGGCCUUACUUGAUUAAAAAAAUUGGCUGGUUGGAUUCUCUAGGAGAACAAUUAGGAAAACCCUACAAUGUGACUGAUCAAAGCUCUGGACCAUCCAUCAAGGACAAAUAUGUUACUGCACUUUAUUUUACCUUCAGCAGUCUGACAAGCGUAGGGUUUGGAAAUGUAUCUCCUAACACCAACUCAGAGAAAAUCUUUUCCAUUUGUGUCAUGUUGAUUGGCUCAUUAAUGUAUGCGAGUAUUUUUGGAAAUGUAUCUGCAAUAAUCCAAAGACUGUAUUCGGGAACUGCACGGUAUCACAUGCAGAUGCUGCGAGUAAAAGAGUUUAUACGCUUUCAUCAAAUCCCCAAUCCUUUGCGGCAGCGGCUCGAGGAGUACUUCCAACAUGCGUGGACAUACACCAAUGGCAUUGACAUGAACAUGGUCCUAAAGGGGUUUCCAGAAUGCUUACAAGCUGACAUUUGUCUACACCUGAACCAAAACUUGCUUCAGAACUGCAAAGCUUUCCAGGGGGCCAGUAAAGGUUGUCUCCGAGCUUUAGCUAUGAAGUUUAAGACAACCCAUGCUCCUCCUGGUGACACCUUAGUCCACGGUGGUGAUGUUCUCACAGCUCUUUACUUCCUGUCAAGAGGCUCCAUUGAAAUCCUCAAGAAUGACAUUGUUGUAGCCAUUCUUGGUAAAAAUGAUAUUUUUGGAGAGAUGGUACAUCUUUAUGCAAAACCAGGGAAAUCAAAUGCAGAUGUGAGAGCUUUAACCUACUGUGACUUGCAUAAGAUCCAGCGAGAAGACCUACUAGAGGUUUUGGAUAUGUAUCCUGAAUUUUCUGAUCUCUUUCUCACCAAUCUAGAACUGACUUUUAAUCUGAGACACGAAACUUCAAAGGCUGAUCUCAUAAUAAGAUCACAAACCACUAAUGAUUCGGAUGGAGAUAACUGCAAACUUCGAAGAAGGAAAUUGUCCUUUGAAAGUGAAGUAGAGAAAGAAAACAAUCAGAAUGAUCCUGAAGACUCCGUGGAUAAUACUAGACAUUAUCAGUGUACCAAGAAACACUUUGAAGAGAAGAAAAGUGAGUCAUCAUCUUUGGUAUCAUCCAUUGAAGAUGAGCAGAAACCUCUCUUCUCUGAAAUAAUCAAUUACCCAUCAAUGAUAGGGAAAACUACAGGGCUGGACUUCGAAGAAGUGGUGCGUGCAACAGAAAGGAUCCAUAUUGACAAAAGAAGCCAUUCUUGCAGAGACAUCAGUGAUAAAAGAAACUGGGAGUGGGAAAACACCAAGGGGCACCAGGACGUCUCCAGACAGUCAGCAUUACCUCAUGUUACAUGGGGCAUCUGUGAAACUGAAAGUGAGCUGACCUAUGGGGAAGUGGAGCACCGGCUAGAUUUACUUCAAGAACAACUCAACAGGCUUGAAUCCCAAAUGACUGCUGACAUUCAAACCAUCCUGCAGCUUCUGCAGAGGCAGUCAACACUCAUUCCACCUGCAUAUAGUAUAGUGACUGCAAGUGCAGAAUAUCAACAGCCAGCUAUCCGGGUGAUGCAAAGCCUUCAUCCUGUAGUAUCUAUUAAAACAGAUAGAAGCUUCAGUCCUUCAUCACAGUGUCCUGAAUUUCUAGACCUUGAAAAAUCGAAACUUAAAUCCAAAGAAUCCCUCUCAAGUGGAGUGCAUCUUAACACGGCCUCAGAAGACAAUUUGGCUUCUUUUUUAGAACAAGAACAUGACCAGUCUUUAGAGUUUCACCCACAGCAUUAUAAAACUUAUCUUCAUUCCAUUAGGCAUCCUUCCUUGCCAGAUUCUUCCCUAAACACUAUAGGAAUCUUGGGUCUUCAUAGGCACGUUUCUGAUCCUGGUCUUCCUGGGAAAUAA